AUGGUUUGGUGUGCUGAUCAUGGAACAUAUGCUCAAGAAAUAUGUGAAACGAUCUAUGAAUCGCUAACCAUCGACGAAACUCCGUUACACAAAAAGAUUGCUAGGGUUUAUCUAAUUUGUGAUAUUCUGGCUAAUUGUGCUCAGCGAGGUGUUCGUGAUAUAUUCUUCUAUCGAACCUGUUUUGAACAGUUGAUGACUAAGAUCUUCGAAGCAUUGGGUGACACUUUACGUAAUAUUGAGGCGAGACUGAAAGCUGAGCAUUUCAAACAGCGGAUCAUGCUUUGCUUCAGAGCUUGGGAAGACAACGCCAUUUACCCGACAGAGUUCUUGAUACACAACCAAAACGUUUUCUUAGGAUUAGUGAAGCGUUCUGAUGAGCAUUUCCAAUCUGAAUCCGAGAAUGGUGGUGAUGACGAGGAUAUCGAUGGUGCCCCCAUUGAUGACGACAUUGAUGGUGUGCCUCUGUCGGAAGAUAUGUUGGAACCAACAACAACUUUAUUUGGUUCGAAAAUUGUUGACCCUGUUAUAUCACAACACGAGAAGAAAGGAGGUUUCAAGAGCGCUGGUUGGAACGAUGUUACGGAGGAAGUUAAGAAACCAACUUCGAAAUGGGAAAAUGAUGGAAGGGACUCGGAUGAAGAACGUGCGGGUACUGCCAAGAGGUUCAAAAUGGAUGGAAAAGCAGCUGAUAAACCUGGAAGUAGUUCUGAUUCCGAAGGAGAAAUUCAAGAAACGGAUCCCAACGCUGCUCAAGCUGCAGCUCAUUAUGAAGAAGUGCGCCGACGGAUGCUUCGCGAAGUUGAAGUGAAAGUUAUGUCUUAUCAAGAUGAUUUGGAGAGCGCCAGGGAUCCUGACAUCAAAAACAAGGUGGAGGAGUUCCGAAAGAAGGAAAUGAAUGUGAUGGAGCUAAAGUUGCGUAGUGCUCGAAGUAAAGAUGAAGAUAGAAAAAAGAACGAGAAGAGGAGAGACCGCAGAGAUGACAAGCACAGUUCCUCUAGCGGUAGAAGAGAUAGAAGUCGGGAUAAGGACAGAAAGCGGGAAAGAAGUCGUUCCAGGUUCGAAGCUCUUUUAGUUCUGUAA